AUGGUGCCCCUCUCAUGGCAAAUCACUAGCAGCGAUGGCAUUAAAGGGCACCUGCUGAGUUACCUGGGCUAUGUUUCCUCUUCUUCCUAUUGCUGCAUGUUCACCUGUCCUCUCUAUGCAACAUCUGUUAGGAAGUUCUUUGAAGGUGACAUUGUUGUGCCGUUGGAGAAAAACGCACUUAGAAACAGCUCCUACAGAUGGAAACUUCCAGUUCCUUAUAUAAUGGGUGACAGCUUAGAUCUGAAUACCAGAGGUGUUAUCCUGCAGGCAUUUGAGAUGUUCCGACUCAAAUCUUGCAUUGACUUCAAACCCUACGAAGGGGAAAAAUCCUAUCUCCAGUUUGAAAAAUUGGAUGGAUGCUGGUCUUUCGUGGGAGAUUUUCAGACUGGCCAGAAUGUUUCUAUAGGACCGCGCUGUGAAUACAAGGAUACUGUUGAACAUGAGGUUCUACAUGCUCUUGGGUUUUAUCAUGAACAGUCACGCAGUGACCGAGAUGAUUAUGUUAACAUUUGGUGGGGUGAAAUUAUUGAAGGUCAGGAGCACAACUUCAACAAAUACGAUGAUGAUUUUAUUUCUGACUUAAACACACCAUAUGAUUAUGAAUCUGUCAUGCAUUAUGGGCCAUAUUCAUUCAACAGAAAUAGUAGCAUCCCUUCAAUUACAACUAAAAUUCCAGAAUUCAAUGAUGUGAUUGGGCAAAGCCAGGAUUUGAGCAGGGUAGACCUACAAAGACUGAACCGCAUGUACAAUUGUGCUUCUAGCCUCACGCUACUUGACCAGUGUUCCUUUGAAUCGAUUAAUAUCUGUGGCAUGAUCCAGAAUGGAAAGGAUGAUGCAGAUUGGCAGCAUACUGCAAUCUCAAAUAGUGGCAACAACUUUGUGGACCACUGUGCAGAGAUGGGAUAUUUUAUGCGUCUGGACACUACAGCGGGACAGUCAGGCGAAUCAGCCGUUUUGGAAUCCCGGAUCCUUUACCCAAGAAGGAAUGAAAAAUGUCUACAGUUUUUUUACAAAUUUGAUGGAAGUCUACAAGAUAAACUCAUUAUUUGGAUUAAAAGUGAUGAUGGAACUGGAAAUGUUCGGAAGACAGCUAAACUACAAACCAUCUCUGCUGAUGGAGAGCGAAACUGGAAUUUAGCCACCAUUCCUUUCAGGAGCAGGACUAAAUUCCGAUAUGUUUUCCAUGGCAUCAAAGGAAAUCCAUCCAGCUCUACUGGCGGUGUUAAUAUCGAUGAGGUCAGCUUGACAGAAACACAAUGUCCCACCGGCAUCUGGCAGAUAAGAAACAUUACUUCCCUUUUAAAUAGAACCUCAAAAGGAGACAACAUUUCAAGUCCUCUGUUCUAUAGUUCAGAGGGUUACUGCUUUGUGCUCAGACUUUUUCCUCAUGGUCCAGCCAGUUCAACAAGCAGAAGUUAUGUGGGAAUCAUGUUUGCUCUGUGUAGUAGCCAGAACGAUGGUGUUCUGGAGUGGCCAGCUGGGAAUAGGCAGGUGACCUUCACCAUAGUCGAUCAAGAGCCUGACAUAACCCAAAGGAUGUCAUCAAGUCGGACCUUUACAACAGACCCAGAAGAGCUUCAUAAUGGGAGAUACUUUUGGGAUAAACCCACAACUACUGGAUCUUUUGAUCCUUUCUAUAACCAAUACAUAGGCCCAAUGUGGGGCUGGAAUUACAUCCUGCCACACAGUGAAUUGCACCGAAGAAAAUUCCUGAAAAACGACAAUCUAAUCAUCUUUGCCAGCUUUGAAGCUCGCUGGUGA